AGCCCUUGAGUUCACAGCCACUAGACUUAAUUCCAUAGUAGUCACUGAUGGUUUAAAACCUCAUUCUCUUGCAACACAAGUGAAGCAUGCCUUGAAACAACCCCUCCACACGGGGGUGCCAAGGAUAGAAGUAGGCACUACAUCUCUAUUUACCAAGAAGACAAGACAAAGAAUGAAUCCCUUCUUAAGCUUGCAAAAGUAGAUUUCAAUCUAGUACAGUCCAUGUACCAGCAGGAGCUAAGCCAAAUCUCAAAAUGGUGGAAAGAAUUCGGGCUUGCAUCAAAGCUACCUUAUGCCAGAGACCGACUUGUGGAAUCCUAUUUUUUUGCAAUGGGGGUGUGUUUUGAACCUCAUUAUGCUCUUGCCAAAAAGAUGGUAGCUAAAGUUACAGCCCUUAUCACUGUUAUUAAUGAUACCUAUGAUGCCUAUGGUACCCUCGAAGAACUCCUGCUCUUCACUGAUGCGAUUCAGAGGUUUGAUUUUAGCGCCAUCAAUGGUAUUCCUGAAUACAUGAAGGUGAUCUACUCGGCACUUUUAGAUGUUUACAAUGAAAUUGAGGAAGAGUUGAGAAAGGACGGACAAUCUUAUCGUGUUAACUAUGCAAAAGAAGCGGUGAAAACACAAGUUAAAGCUUACUUCCAGGAGGCCAAAUGGUUUAAUGAUGGAUAUAUUCCAACAUUCGAAGAGUAUAUGCAAACUGCGUCAAUAAGCAUUCCGUGUUUAAGUAUAAUAGUCACUUCCUUGGUUGGCAUGGGAGAUAUUGUGACUAAGGAAACCUUUGAUUGGGCAAUGAAUGAACAUAAUAAGCUUAUGAAAGCUUCAAACUUAAUUAGUAGGCUUUUGGAUGAUAUGAUGUCUCACAAGUUUGAGCAAGAGAGAGGGCAUGUUUGUUCUGUUGUGGAGUGUUACAUGAAGCAAUAUGAUAAUGUGUCGGAACAAGAAGUAAAUGAUGAAUUAAAGAGAAGAGUGGUGGACGCAUGGAAAGAUAUAAAUGAAGCGUGCAUGAAACCUAUGAUCGAUGUCCCAAUGCAAGUUUUAUUACGUUGUGUCAACCUUGUUCGUAUGGCUGAGCACUUCUACUUGUAUACAGAUGGUUUCACUAUUCCUAAUGAGGUGUUGAAGGAACCCAUUACCUCUUUGUUUGUCGAUCCCAUACCCAUGUAGUACUGAGCUUGCAUGCAAGGAGUA